AUUUUGAUUUGUCAGUCACGGUAAUAUUACUGUACCUGCAGAGGCAAGUAGAGAGAAAACAACUUUCUCACGAUUAACAUCGUCAAAUUCCGCUAACACUCGUUAAAUUACGGCAAUACCAAAAUCUGUUAUUUUCUGGAUGAGAAUUUUUCUGCGCAGUCUGAACGGAGUUUUGACAGAUCAGAUAACGUUGGCUCGUGUGCUACCUACAUUUCCGGAGAAAAACCUGGAACUAGCCAAGCAGGAAUACAACAAAUCAUUAUCACAUGAUUAUCUCAGCGAUGGAGAAAUUAGAGGCUACAUCCGAGCUUCAAUCAAGAUUGACAGCGUUGUCGGUUUCCUCUUUCCCAGGGAUAACGUCGAAAAACUGGGAGACCAAUCCGCUAGACAGGCUCCAGAGCACAGACCUCUCAAAUAACUCCAACCACCCCAUAAGCAACCCUGAUAUGGAUGGAACGAAUGACACAGAGGGGUCCGACCAGCCAGCUGAGGUUGAUCAGGAGGCUCCUGGUGGGCAGCAGGCAAUGGGGGGAGAUGUUGAGGAGAACAGCCGAAGUGGGAAUAGUCAAAACCCUGGAGAGAGAAAAGCCCAAAUGCCCCCACUAAAGCCUCCCUCCACGUGGACAUCCAUGGCGAUGAAGGAGCUCAAGGCCAAGCUGCGACUGGAAAAGGACAGUGUGGUGACAGUGUACAGAGGAGACAUUAUGACCGUACAUGUGCCCACUGUCCAUGAGGGAAAGCGAGUGUGCUGGGAGUUUGCCACAGAUAGCUAUGACAUAGGCUUUGGAAUCUACUUUGACUGGACCCCUGUCACCAGCCGUGCCAUCACAGUCCACAUCAGCGAAUCCAGUGAUGAGGAAGAUGAGGAUGAGCUAGAAGGACCUGUCAACACAGGGGAUGUUGAGAAGGGGUCCAAAUCAUUGGCCAACUCUAACUUAGGGGAAAUCUUACCUGUGUAUCGUCAGGACAGUCACAUGGCAGUGCAAGGUGGCAGUCAUGAGUAUCCAGGCGAGGGCACUUACCUUCUGAAGUUUGAUAACUCCUACUCGCUAUGGCGAAAUAAGACUCUGUACUACAGAGUGUAUUACAGUGCGUGAGGAUCCAGUCCACUAUUGCAUAUGAAUGUAUGACUUUGAAGAAUUAUGAUAUCUAUUUUUGAUUCCAUAGAAUAUGUUAGGGUUAAUUAUAGGUGCAUAUAUUUUUUAUCACAAUCAGCUGGUGUUGCUCGCUCCUAGGCUACAUUUAAAAUGUGAGAGGACAAGAGAAUUAUGGAGUGGGAAUUUUUUUUCAUAUGUUUUACUAUGUUUAUAGAGCAAGAUUUUACGAAGCUUUUUGUUUGUGCCAUGUUCUGGUGUUUAAAAGUUUUGUGCAGUGAGUUAAGGCAAAUUGCCCAUAUUUUCAAGAUAUAUGUUCUAUAUAUAUAUAUAUAUAUAGUAUAUAUUUUAUUCAGACACAAUUUCAGUGGCGGCAGCAAUCAGGAAACACUGAUAGAAAGAUGAUUGCUAUGUCAAAAGCUUAAACAGGAGAGAUGCUCUAUAGAACUGGGAGGUUUUCUUUUUGUGUCUACACAUUGUUUGAUAUCAUAUAAUGUUGGUGUGUACUUGAUGUGUCACUUUUUUGCAGAAUUUUGUUUUUAAACGUUGUCAACUUGAAUUGUAUGAUAAUCCCAAUGCAGCAUCUAAAACAAUGUUCAGUACAACAAUUCCAUUAUUUUUCUGCAAAUAUUGAUUGGAAUGAGUAAUUAUGUUGAUGAAAGUAUAUUGAAUGUUGCUCCGAGUCCAAUGCAAAGCAAAUGGUCACCCCCUGUCUUUUUUUAUGACACAAAUAAAAGCCAUCCCCUAUCACAAAAAGCUCUUAUGUAAUACUGGUUCAAUAUUUACAUUGCCAAAUCCCUAUUUAGUUUGCUGGUUGUCAGGCGGUGGGUUGAUCUUGGUGGACAAUCACAUGAGACUAUUGUAGAUACUAACAGAUUCAAAAUAUUUCUGAAUGACUUGGAUUGUCCCUUUAAAGUAAAAUGUUAUGCACCGAUCUCUGUAAAGGAAGAUCAUUUUGAGUGUGUGUCUUUUCUGUGUUGUGUAGCUCUGUAUGCACCUAAUCAUGUUCCUAAUUUGUUUAUAGCCGCCCACAUGUAAUUCCCUAAAAUGUUUGUACCUCAUCCAUCUGUGUUGUGCAUGUUUCCAAAGAUAUCAUGAAUUGUGCUGCUAAAAUAUAAGGCAACUGAAAAUAAGUUUCAGCUUUGUACUGUACAGUAUGUGUUUCUGUUUGUUAUAAGCUUUCCUGAAACGUUUUUUCACAAUAAAGAAGAAAGAUUCUCUCA